CCUUUGGCGUUGGUCUAGUCACUGACCUCACACGCCGCACCAGGAGAAAUGUCAACGGCCAGCUUCCGCUUCCGCCGCCGCCUCCCCCGCCCGCCGCGGCCGGCGCUGGAGGACGAUGACCUGCUCUCCGAGAUCCUCCUCCGCCUCCCCUCGCAGCCGUCCUCCCUCCCGCGCGCCUCCCUCGUCUGCAGGCGCUGGCACAGCCUCGUCUCCGACCCCGCCUUCCGCCGCCGCUUCCGCGUCCACCACCACCGCGGCCCUCCCCUCCUCGGCUUCUUCGACGACCACCACAGGAACAUCUUCCAGCCGGCGCUGGGCGCCCCCGACCGCCUCCCCCGCGGCCUCUUCUCCCUGGAGCUCGACGGCAGCUACACGACCCUCGGAUGCCGCCACGGCCUCGCGCUCUUCUUCUUCCCGGUCUCUCUCCAGGUCCUCGUCUGGGACCCCGUCGCCGGCGACCAGCACCGCCUGCCCGUCCCCGCAGAGUUCCGCCUGGACCUGGUGGUGGACAGCGGGGCGGUGCUUCGCGCUGCCGCUGCAGGAGACGUCGGCGACCACUUCCAGGUCGUCCUGGUAGGCAGCGACCCCAAGCAACCCAGAAGAGUGCUCGCCUGCGUCUACUCGUCGGAGACCGGCGCAUGGGGCGAUUUCAUCUUGGCGCCGAUUUCAUCCGAGACUUUCUUUUUUACAGGCAAGCCUGCAGUGCUGGCCGGGGAUUGCCUUCACUGGUCGGUUGCCGCCCCAGGUUCAGGUUCAAGAAGUAUCCUCAAGUUUGAUUUGGAUAGGCAGAGCCUAGCCAUGGAAUUGCUGCCAGGGGACAUGUAUACCCCGGGCAGUCCCGCGUUCACGGUCACCCGAGGAGAGGGUGGUCGGAUGGGUUUCCUUUUCUUGUCAGGCUUUACCGCCCAACUAUGGAGUACGGUGACCGAUUGCGAUCGUGCCGAAAUAUGGGAGCCGGGAAGAAUUAUCAAACUGGACAAGUUACUUCGACUACAUUCAAAGAAAGAUCCCCCGCACAUGAUAGGGUAUGCGGAGGAUAACAAUGUGGUGUUCCUCUGGACAGUUGUUGGUGUCUUCAUGGUCCAUCUUGAGUCAUUGCAGUUCAAGAGGAUCUCCAAGGCCACCAUCGGAUCUCACUAUCAUUCAUUCGAAACUGUCUAUACUCCAGGCACUAGUGGUGGAAAAAGGCAAGCAGAAGUUCUCAGGCAUUCGUGGUGGACGCGAUGUAGACAAUACAUAAGACAGUUACUCUCUUAGAUAUGCUGUUGUGAUGUAUUGCUUGAGAAGGUCAGCGGUAUGAGGCUUGGAGUGUGCUGCUAGAGGGUUUGACUGAUAACCACUUUGUAGUUAUGAAAACUCAGUUGUGGAUGUUCUCACCAUGCAUCCCCGUUGUGUUAGUAUAUAUAAUAUGGGUGUUACACAUAUUUUGAUGUACCUGUGAGAGUAGUAUAGAUGUAUGUAACACAAACAUGUUGUGUUCUUAUAUACGCGGUGCUAAUCAGAUUUCUCAUAUGUACCAUGUAAGGUUUGGUUGAA